AUGCACCAUAAAAAUUUAACCUAUUACGAAAAUGAGUUCACAUGGGGAUCUCCUCCACCUAAAGUUGUACGUUUCGAAGUCAAAUGGGUUGGUUUCCUAUCAUUACUGGUUCGACUGUUACUUGCUGUGGCUUGUUUAUGUCUCAUGUUUCAACGUUCAUCUUAUCAAAUCUUCGAUCGUUCACCAAUUUCAACCGUGACUAUCAAAGUGAAACACGCGGAUUCAUGUACGAAUAUAAAACUGAAUUCUUUUUUGAAUUCAACUUGUACAAGGACUUCCUAUGACGUUAAUGAUUUCAUCAUUCCUGCAACCGAAAACGCUGCCGUAACGAUCACAACACGUGUUGUUGAAAUGGAACAUGUACUCAAAUCUUGUCAUAAUGCAACUCUACGAAGAAACUCUACGUUAUAUCCUUCGACAAAACACCAAUGCUUCCAUCGGUCGCGUUGUAUCCUACCUCCAUACCAUCGUCAACGCAAUCUAUUUUAUCGCAAUCGUCUCUGUUGGUUUAAAUUACCAACAUCACGUACUCAUUUCAAUUUUGAAGCAUUGGAUUAUAUAAUAUUCAUAAAACAUUUUGUUGAAUUCACUCAAUUAGAUGUGAAACGAUAUAAUCUUCUUUCGAAACAACUCAGCCGAGAGUAUUUAGACACAUGUGAAUAUGAUCAACAUGACCAUCCUCUAUGUCCAAAAUUUCGUCUGUUGAAAAUUUUACAAAUGACCAACACUGACCCGGAUGAAUACGAUUCCAUGUUCUUCUACGGAUCAUUAAUUGAAAUACGUAUCAGUUGGAAAUGUAAUUUAGAUUUUCCGCUCAAAUAUUGCGAGCCGACUUACAACUUCGAACGAUUAGAUGUCAGACCUUAUGAUUCCAAUCCGUACGAUCCCGGUUCGAAUUUUCUCAUUUCUCGGCACUUCUUUCGACCCAAUGAUCAAGAAUUGCAUCGUCUACAUACUCAAAUCUACAACAUACAUAUCGUUGUGUCUGUUACUGGCGAAGCUGGUCAAUUUGAUUUAUUUCAAACGACAACAAGCAUUGGUUCCUUUCUCGGAAUCUUUGGCACGGGCGCGAUCGUUUGCGAUCUGUUGGCAUCUUUUCUAUCGAAUUUUCGCCGCGUUAGAUAUGACAGUCAAGUUUAA